AUAUUCUUAAUGCGUACAAACAUGUUGACGGCAAGUUUCGUUCUAAUACUCUUCUGUAUAUUGGAAGCGGAAGCAAAAGGUGCAAUAUAUUUGACCACUAAAAAUGGAACAAUUCCAAUAAUGCUGACGUCCCUGAAUGUCCGCACUGACAGCACACCGCAACAUACUGCAAAAAUUUUGUCUGCGGCCACUAAAAAUCAUUCUCAGAAUGCUCGCAAACACCGCGACUAUUGGGGUGACUCCGAGGAAAUGUUGCUGUCCAAUUACGUGAAUUCGUCAUAUGAGAAUGUUGAUACAUCUCGCUGGAGAAAUAAUAAAAGAAGCAUAAACGACGUAGUCUCGAAAAACAUUACGUUGGUACUAGAGAAUCUUUUAAAGAACUAUGAAAAUUCUCAGCUACCCACUCAUGGAAAAGGAUAUCCAACUGUUGUACAAACAAACAUAUUGAUAAGAAGUAUGGGUCCGGUAUCUGAACUUGAUAUGGAUUAUUCAAUGGAUUGCUACUUCAGACAGUAUUGGCGCGACACACGCCUGUCAUUCCUCGGUCCCAUACGCUCCUUGUCCCUCUCGAUUAAGAUGCUUGAAAGAAUAUGGCGGCCCGACACUUACUUCUACAACGGCAAACAUUCUUACGUACAUACUAUCACAGUUCCCAACAAGCUCUUGCGGAUUAGUCAACAUGGCGACAUUUUGUAUUCAAUGAGACUAACAAUUAAAGCCAAAUGUCCUAUGGAGCUACGAAAUUUUCCAAUGGAUCGUCAGUCGUGUCCACUUAUUCUUGGUAGCUAUGCAUACUCAAACCAACAGCUGGUGUACCAGUGGCAAAAUUCCGAAAGCGUCAACUUUGUACCUGGUAUGACUCUAUCCCAGUUCGAUCUCAUCAGUUUUCCCUACCGGAACUUUACAUUCACAAGAAGGGAAGGAGACUUCUCAGUUCUACAAGUGUCCUUCAAUCUUCAACGACACACGGGCUAUUUCCUCAUUCAAGUGUACGUGCCAUGCAUCCUUAUCGUCGUUCUCUCCUGGGUGUCUUUCUGGAUACACCGUGAGGCUACGUCAGAUCGCGUGGGUUUGGGAAUUACUACAGUUUUAACAUUGUCUACGAUUAGCUUAGAUUCUAGAACAGAUCUCCCUAAAGUCCGCUACGCCACCGCUUUAGAUUGGUUCCUUCUAAUGAGCUUCUUCUAUUGUAUCGCAACGCUACUAGAAUUUGCUGGAGUUCAUUAUUUUACAAAGGUCGGUUCGGGUGAAAUUGUAAUAGACGACUCUGAAUGGGAGGAACUAAUAGAAGAAGUAGGCGGAGAUGCUUUCGCAGCGAGACAACUGGCAGUUCGCAGACGUAGCUCUGUUCGCUCCGCCGCUAAUUACAGUUUCACAGUCCCACCCACCAGCAACAACUGCCCAGAGGACAAUACCAGUCAGGAUGCACCUGAACAACCCUGCGCUGUACGAUUGACAAUGGAACGGACAACUCAAACUGAGACCCGAGUGCCGCGGUGGAGGCAACUGCUAUACUGUUUAGCUGGAGACGACCGAUACAGACGACAGAGGCAAGUCGAAGCUGGAAACCGUGGUCACAUAAACAGCGUGUCACACAUUGAUAGAGCUGCACGUGUCAUGUUUCCAGCUUCAUUUGCACUCCUGAAUCUUUUCUACUGGAUGGUAUACGCUUUCUCCAACGACGAUUUUGCCUGGAGCGACAACCCUAUAAACACCCUCUCGCAUUGAAAGUCAUUUGAGUAAAUAUAUUAUACUUCGUUUCGACAAAUAAGUACUAGUUAAUUAUUUUGUUGAAUAUAUUAGAUAUUAAUACGGGUAUAUUACUGUUAUCAAAUAAUUUUACCUAUAAAUGUAACGUUUAGUUAAAUCAGAGAUUACAUAAUUGGUUAAAUAUAACUGUAUGUACAAUAUAGGUGGU